UUCAAGUUGAUAUUAGCAAUGAGAGCGGCGAUACGAUGGAAGCUUCAACCGAAGAGAUUGCAGAAGGAGGUGAUCUUUCAGGAGAACCGAAGACUUCGGUUGAACGUUCGGCUGAUCAAACAGGGAAACAUACUGUGGAAGAGCAAAAAUGUUCUGAUGAUUCAAAUAAUUCCGAGGUUCGAAAUAAACGAAUUCUGAUUCAGCCAUUUUUUCUUUUUAAAAAUGUAUCAUACAAGUGAUUGAAUAAUGUUUCUUUUUUGUAUUUUUUUGAGUAGAUGAUCGCACAGGUGCUAGCAAAUAUAGCAGAAUCAGAAAUGAUAAACGAACAAGUUCAUGAGGAAAAAACCGAGGAAAACACCAGCUCAACUGUCUUAGAGGAACCCCAGGCAGCAGUUUGUAACACGCAGCCGUUGUCUCAGUGGUUGUUGCUUGAUGAGUAUUUACCAAGCCAAACCCCAGGGAAAGAAAUCAUGUUACAUCCAUCAGUCACACGAGCUACACGCCCCAGUAAAUACAAGUCUUCACCGUUUGUGACAGAUUUUGGUAGUAGUUCGGGAAAGGAUCAUGUUCAUGUGUUUGAUAAAAAAAUAUCCAUUCCAGCAAGAUCAUAUUACUGGUCCACUUGAUGUACAGAUUGUGGAUGAAUACCGUAUUUGGCUUCGAA